AUGAAAGUUACUCCAACUGCCACCCUUCUCGUGGCCUCUGCACUCUCCGGCCUAAUAGCUGCUAGUGGUCUUGCUAACACCGAAUGUUACAAGUACUUCUAUCAUAAGGACAAAUGUGUUAAUUACGCCCAAAACGCAACGGAGAGCUGUCAAGCGAAGACCAAAACCCACCAUACCACCCAAAGUAUCAAGCUGUAUGAUGAGCGUCAACUGAAGGCCGGUCAAGAUCACCGGUUGGAACGUCGAUACGAUACCACGAAAUCAGCUGGUACAUGCCUUCAGAAGCAUGGUAAAAAGAACGAUGAUAGCUGGUACCGUGGCGUAUGCCUCUGGUCCGGGUCCGGCGGGGGAAAAUACCAAACUGGUUGGGUCGACAAGUUCAACUACCGUAACUGCGGGAAAAAAGUCUGGCUCAAAAGGAAGAAUAUCGAUGGUUUCGUGUACGCCAGAGUUGUCGGCGGUUGUCAUCUCGGGACUAAAGAAAAAGACAUAGGCUGCUUUAACAUGGCAAUCGGCAAACACACAUUCGAAGCAUUGAACCCCACUCCUGCCGAAAGGGACAGCGAAGAAAUUUCAGGGCUCCUUUGGGACUUCAACGUUGACACCCCGGAUCGAGCUUCAGGCGCAGCCUGA